UUUGAAAUAACCUAAUUAACCUGAUAUAACCUAAAAUAUGUUUUAUAUGGAAAUAAGAACAAAUUAGAAUCAGUUAUGGGUAAAUUAGAAUUAGUACAAACUCUCAAAAAAGAUAACGGUAGAGUGUGGAAUCUCGACUGGCAUCCUAAAGGAGAUAGCCUAGCCUCCUGUGGUGAAGAAAAAUCCAUCAGAAUAUGGACCAAAGAUUUGACUGGUAAGUGGUCCAAUAGAGUAGUCCUAACAGAUGGCCACAAACGUACAAUAAGGCAGGUCUCUUGGUCACCUUGCGGCAAUUACUUAGCCUCUGGAAGUUUUGAUGCAACAACCUGUAUAUGGGAUAAGAAAAGUGGUGAAUUUGAAUGUAAUGCAACAUUAGAAGGACAUGAGAAUGAAGUUAAAAGUAUAGCUUGGUCGAAAUCGGGACAUUUAUUAGCUACAUGCAGCAGAGACAAAUCUGUCUGGGUUUGGGAAGUAGCAGAUGAAGAUGAAUAUGACUGUGCUGCUGUAUUAAAUGCCCAUUCCCAAGAUGUUAAGAAGGUAAUUUUUCAUCCUGAAAAAGAUCUACUAGCAUCAGCAUCUUAUGACGAUACAAUCAAGCUCUUCCGAGAUGAUCCUAAUGAUGGUGAUUGGGUCUGCUGUGGAACCUUAACAGGUCAUGAAUCAACAGUUUGGAGUAUAAGUUUUGAUAAAACUGGUUCUAGAUUAGCCUCCUGCAGUGAUGAUAAUACUGUUAAAAUAUGGAAGGAAUACCCACCAGGUAAUCCAGAAGGAAUUCCUACACAGGAUGGGGAUUCCACAUGGAAGUGUGUUUGUACAUUGUCAGGACAUCACGAGAGAACAAUAUAUGAUAUACAUUGGUGCCAUUUAACAGGUUUUAUAGUUACAGCAUCUGGAGAUGAUGCAAUUAGAAUUUUCAAAGAAGAUGAAGGAUGUGAUCCUAAUAGUCCCAAUUUUAAUUUAGUUUGUGUAGUUGAUAACGCACAUAAUCAAGAUGUUAAUUGUGUAACUUGGAAUCCUGUAGUGCCUGGAUUAUUAGCUUCUUGUAGUGAUGAUGGAGAAAUUAAAAUAUGGGAAUUUAGGGAAUGAUAUAAUUUUGUGAUAGUUUAUAAAUAUUAAGUAUAAAAAAUAUGUUAUAAAAGUGUUUUUUUUUUAUUAAAUAAUGCACAAACAAAAACAUUAGACAGAACCACUAAACCAGGAGGUAAAAUUGUGUAUUGAACAUUGUGUAUGACAUAUAAGAA